AUGGAAGUAACCAACGGGUCAAGUCCCCACUCGGCAAAGGAAAACCUCGCGAAGAGCAACACAAGCCAAAGCAGACACAUCGCACAAUGCAGCGACAACGUCUUGCAGAAUAUCUCCGACGUCGGCGAGCAACAGUCUGACGUCCCUGACGAGGACAUUGAGGAAGAACACGGCGCCGUUGGAAUCCAUCCCAGCCUUCCCCAGGAUAUUGUCGCGGUAGAUUUCAUGUCUCAGAACGAGCUCGUCGCCGCAUUGGAGGUCUUAUCUGCCACCGACCUUCCCGCGGAAGCGGUUUGCAUUAACGUUGAGAUCGUCGAAGCUAUCGUGGCGGCGACUGUCACAUUCCUCCACCACAAUCACACCCAGUGCAUCCGGAUUGACGAAUCGACGGGCCAGCGCUGCACUGCUCACGCCUAG